AUGACUGCAGACACGAAGAACAUUGUCAUCUUAGGCGGCUCGUAUGCAGGUCUCAGUGCGGCACAUUACUUUCUCAAGCACGUUCAUCCUUCGCUUCCGGAUUCUGGCGAGCAAUACCAUGUGUAUCUUGUCGAUCCUUCGACGCACUUCUACCAUCGUGUCGCCGCGCCUCGUGCCUCGGUCUCAUUCGAUUUGAUGCCAAUCACGAAGACAUUCCAUGACAUCGCCAAGAACUUCGAACAAUAUGAUGCAGGGAACUUUACAUUUGUCCAGGGGAAGGCAACAUUGUUGGAUACUACUCGACGUACUGUCACCAUCCAGUAUUCUGGAAUGAAGAAAAGCAAGCAGACUGAGCUGCCGUAUCAUUCCCUGAUACUUGCGACCGGAACUAGGGCUCACUCAUUAAUACUGUCUCUCCAGGGCGGAGGCCAUGAAGAGGUCAUAGAGGCGCAGACAAAGCUACACAAUGAAUUGACACACGCCAAGUCCAUCGUCGUGGCUGGAGGUGGACCAAGUGGAGUUGAGCUUUCUGGAGAGAUUGGCGAGAUCUUGAACGGUGCCACUUGUCGAUUCAAGAAGAAGCCAGCCGUACCGAAAAGGAGAGUUAUCUUGCUUUGUGGGUCGGAGAAGCUGCUUCCUGUGCUACGUCCAGCACUCGCCAAACAAGCUGAAGUCUACUUGGCACGUAUUGGUGUUACUGUCAAGUACAACUCCAGGGUAGAAUCAACAGAAAAGCUGGGAAACGGACACACCAAGCUGAGUCUUGACAAUGGCGAAAGCCUUGUCUGUGACCUUUACCUACCAGCAACAGGAGUAACGCCUGCGACAGGUUACAUCCCGUACGAGCUUCUUGACGACCGAGGCUAUGUCAAAACCAACCCAGAGACUCUUCGUGUGGACCAGGCAGGGGCUCGUGUAUAUGCCAUUGGAGACGUCGGUGACUACAGUCGAGGUGGAAUCAUGGACAUCUAUGACGCGAUUCCGGUUCUUAUGACCAACAUUCAGCGCGACCUCCUCGUUGCACACAAGGACGACGACGCGAUAUCGCCCGGAGGCGAUCGCAAAUACAAGAAGAACAAUUCAGAGACCCAGCUUGUUCCCAUAGGCCGGUCGAAAGGCGUGGGCGCCUUCAACGGUAGUAGGUUACCGACUUUGAUGGUGUAUAUGAUAAAAGGCAGAGAUUAUCUUUCUGGCGCGGCAGUCGAAAUCGUCACAGGAAGCAAGUGGAACAAGCAAGUUUGA